CUUGUGCAAAAUCAACAACACACACGCUUUCCACCACUUCAAACACCCGCAAGCAAGCAAGCAAGCAAGCAAGCGCGAUGGCGUUGGUGGAGGUGGAGCACAAGCGCAAGCGGUGGCUGUGCUAUGCCGUGGUUGAGCCACACGGGCUGGCGUUUGUUGGCCACGACAAGUACUCCAACCGCACCAUCCUGUGGAACGACAUCAUCAGCUUCAAGCUUGGUGGCGAUGAUGAUGAUGGCGACGGUACCAACGCUUCCUCAACACAGCAGACAGCAGCAACACCACAGCAGGCUCCUGGCGAGGUGGCGACCAACGCAGACCCUUCUUCAACCACAGAGGUGACGGCCAGCGGUGCUACGAAGAAUGCGCCAACGGAGGAGAGCAAACAGGACACGCAGCAGCUGGGCACCAGUGGUGGUGAUGAAGCAGACCUUGGCAAUGACGCUGGGGACGACGUGCCACGACCAGGUGCGCUGCGUCGACAGCACGAGGUCACCGAGAGCACCAUGAGCGUGCAGAGCUUCAAGGUGAGCGAGGCAGACUUGCCCGGACACCAAAGGCAGUCCACUGGUGCAGAGCCUGCGCCAGCACAGCAAGCCAGCAACCAGGACACCACCACCACCACCACCACCACCCCGCUGCUCGGACCUCAGAACCAGGGCCCGUUCCAGUACCAUCACCGGCGCCAAGCCGUCACCACGACAGCCACCAUCGACUUUGUGCACACCAUCUCCAAGCAGCGGCUGCGUCGCACCCAAUACACAAUCACGGCCUCCGCAGAUUACAUCGCCGCCCUCGCCGAGGCAACGCAUACAGCCAUGGCCCGCUACCGGUCCCGCCGCCACUACCUCAUCUUGAUCAACCCGGUCUCCGGCCGCCGCAAAGGCGUGCGGCGCGCGCGGCAGUUGAUGCGCCACUUCCACGACGCCGGCCUGGGCACAACGGAGCACAUCACGCGGGACGCGGGUGAAGCGCGGCGCAUGCUGGCGGAGCUUGAUCUCGACACAUAUGACGCCGUUGUCGUCGUUGGCGGUGAUGGCUUCUUGAACGAGGCUGUACUCGGUCUGAUGACCAGCACCCAUGGCCACACCCUCCCCGUCGGCAUCAUCCCCGCAGGCUCCACCAACACGGUCGCCCGCAGCUGCUACGGCACAGAUGAGCCGCUCACGUGUGCGCUGCACGCCAUUCGCGGCAAGGAGCUGAGGAUGGACGCCUGUCGCGUGCAGGGCAGCGUCGCCGACCAGGAAGUCUGGACCACGUACGCCCUCAACUUUGUGUCCAACGGGUUCUUCAGCGAGACGCUGCGCAUCAGCGAGAACUGCCGGUGCUGCGGUCCGCCCCGCUACCAAUUCGCAGGCAUCCAGGCCUUUCUCCGAAACAAGUCCUUCCGCGCUCGCGUAUCCCGAACACACGGUGACAGCGACAUGAACAACAGCGUCACCGACACGAUUGAUUACGCCAUCAUCGGACUCGCGCUCAUGCCGCUCAAGACGCCAGACAGCAAACUCGGGCUGGUGCCGCACGCCAUUCCCGGCAGCGGGGAAAUGCACCAGCUGCUGUUGAAAAAGACUGGCCGCUUCAACUUGCUGCGCUUCCUCACACGCACAGCGUCCAACGGCACCCAAUACCGCCUCUCUCCCGCCAACUGCGUCUCCUGCAAGGCCAUGACCUACCACGCAGACUCGCCGCGGGAGUGGAAUGUUGACGGGGAGCUGCUGGUUGCGCAGAGUAUCAAGGCCACGUUGGAAGAGCACGCGUGGUGCCUCUUGCAGUGGGACAAUGACUUGGACGAGAGCAUGAUGACAGAUUACAGCGCGCUCUCGGAAUCGUACCAGGCUCUCUCCCGCGAGCACAGCAGACGCACCUACCGCAUCGCCAUCGUCUGACGGCGCUAGUGUGUGUGUGUGUGUAUGUGUGUGUGCGUGUCUGUCUCUGUGUGUGUGCGUGUCUGUCUCUGUGUACCUGUGUUUGUGCACUUGUUUGCCUGUCCCUCUAUUGUUGUCCGUUUUCCUCUCCAUCUGUCCAUUGCUCCCUCUUGAUGUUUCUUUCCACUGUUUUUCUCGCUCCAACCAGUAGCGUUGCACUGUCAUUCGUGCUCAGUUCAGGGCAGGCCAUCGAUAGAUGAUAGCUUGUAUUGUUUGGGUAUUCGCCACCUCUGCACGAAAUGGUGUUGUCUGUAACUCUAAACAAGUACAGUUCAAUGUAUUACCAG